AUGUCUCUUUACGACAGUCUCACGAAGCUCAACAACUCGGCUUUUCCUGCUACAGACGUCAUUAAUUCUCUCAUUUCUAUUCUCGCGCGCGAGAUCUGUUCUUCAACCCUUCAGCGAAAUUCACAUACGUUCUGCACGUUGGUUUCUAGGUCCAGGGACAUACGCGACUAUAUCAACUAUCUCAUCAAGAAAUCCAUCGACGAAGAUGGCUGGACCAGUUAUGACCAAUAUACUGCUAUGAUUGAACCUCUUGAGGCCUUGCUUCUGUCAGUUUCCGAGGUUACAGACACCUCCCGUGUCGAAACUUUAACAGAUACGGUCGACAUCGAAGAGCGGAUCCAAGGUGCACAGUCUUGGAGUAUCGACCGCAAGAAAGUCAAGGACUCCCUGGCGUCCGCUUUCUCCAAGGAGGUAUUCCAGUCCAUUGCGCCGACCCUUAUGUCGGAAGAUACUGCACACUCCUGGAGGCACGAUGACAAUGUUUUCCUCGACAACCUGAUUCGUGGAUUGGAGCAUCGUUUGAACAAGGCCAAGGUCUCUGCGGGGGUUCGGUCUCGAAUUCAAUCGAAAUUCACAGAUAUUCAAAAGAAGGCCAAAGACUCUAAAUCAGAGGAAAUCAUAGUUAUUGCUAUCAAAUCUACUCUUCUUGUCAAUGGCGUGGUUGAGGUCUCCAUCAAUUCUACCGUUCCCGAAAUUCGUGCGCAUCUUGUAUCCACGACUGUGCUUUCCGAAAUGCAGGGGCUGUUGGAUUCGAUUUCCCAAAACUUUAAUCAGCCUCAUAUAGCCGACCUGGAGAAAAGAUAUUCCAAUUUUGAGGCCCUUUUGAAGAGAAAACAAGAAGUAGCACCGACUGCGCCCCCAACUAGCCUCCGCAGGACACCAGGGAGCUUUCUAGAACUUCGGAAGCUCCCUGGCAACAUCAGGCCACCAUACUACCUGCAAACGCUAGUCUUGGUGCAAUAUUGUCAUGAGUUGGUGAAUUAUUACCUCAGUGUAAAUCCGGAGCCGCCGCGCAAGCAUAUAGACGAUGCAAUUUCUGCAACUAAGAGCGCUCUACAAGAUGCCGCAAACUUAAAAGACAAGGCUUCCAGUAGAACAACCGUCGAUUUUGAGAAUGUGCACUCCGACGAAGUUACCAAGGCCUAUCAAUUCGCGACUGCGGCGAUCAACUUUGAUGCAUCCCGGAUGGACACGGCGAAGGAAACGAUGCAAAGCGCUUGA